AUGGGUAUUUGCCAGAAUUUAGACGUCGCUCUUUAUAGAAAAUCGAAGACAAUGUUGCCUCAGAAGCAAGCAGAGGAAGCUAUUGUCUCGAACUUCAAUGAGACUGAACAUGAAGGGAAGGAGGAAGAGAAGGAAGAAGAACAGUCAGUGUUCAGUGUCAAGAGCCUCCUCUGGCAUGGAGGCUCUGUUUGGGACGCUUGGUUUAGCUGUGCUUCAAAUCAAGUAGCCCAAGUGCUUUUGACACUGCCAUACUCUUUCUCUCAGCUGGGAAUGUUAUCAGGCAUAUUGCUCCAAGUAUUCUAUGGUUUUCUUGGAAGCUGGACUGCUUACCUUAUAAGUGUUCUCUAUAUUGAGUACAGAAGCAGAAAAGAGAAGGAGAAUGUUAACUUCAAGAACCAUGUUAUCCAGUGGUUUGAAGUGCUUGAUGGGCUAUUGGGUCCUUACUGGAAAGCGGUGGGUCUAGCUUUCAACUGUACUUUCCUUCUCUUCGGAUCUGUGAUACAACUAAUAGCUUGUGCAAGUAAUAUAUACUACAUUAAUGAUCGGCUGGAUAAGAGGACAUGGACAUAUAUAUUUGGAGCUUGCUGUGCAACUACUGUGUUCAUACCCUCCUUCCACAACUACCGGAUUUGGUCUUUUCUAGGCCUUGGAAUGACAACGUACACAGCCUGGUACAUGACCGUAGCAGCUCUGGUUCAUGGCCAGGUUGAGGGGGUGGAACACUCGGCUCCUACAAAGGCAGUACUGUAUUUCACCGGCGCCACCAAUAUUCUGUACACCUUUGGUGGACAUGCUGUUACAGUGGAAAUUAUGCACGCGAUGUGGAAACCUCAAAAGUUCAAGUACAUAUAUCUAUUUGCAACUCUCUAUGUUUUCACACUAACACUUCCAUCGGCGUCUGCUGUCUACUGGGCGUUCGGCGACCAGCUUCUCAACCACUCCAACGCCUUCUCCCUCCUGCCUAGGAACGGCUGGCGCGAUGCUGCCGUUAUCCUCAUGCUCAUUCACCAGUUUAUAACAUUUGGGUUCGCAUGUACACCAUUGUACUUUGUGUGGGAGAAGGUGAUAGGCAUGCAUGACACAAAGAGUAUAUGCUUAAGGGCAUUGGCCAGACUGCCAGUGGUGAUACCAAUAUGGUUCUUGGCUAUAAUCUUCCCAUUCUUUGGGCCCAUUAACUCUGCUGUUGGGGCUCUUUUGGUCAGCUUCACCGUCUACAUCAUCCCAGCUCUAGCUCAUAUGCUUACCUACAGAAAAGCCUCUGCCCGACAGAAUGCAGCAGAGAAGCCGCCUCUCUUCAUGCCCAGCUGGAUCGCCAUGUAUGCAUUAAACAUAUUCGUGGUGUGUUGGGUUUUUGUGGUUGGUUUCGGGUUCGGAGGAUGGGCUAGCGUGACCAACUUUGUGAAACAAGUUGACACAUUUGGCCUCUUUGCCAAGUGCUACCAAUGCAAACCUCCAACACCAACACAUCUGCCUGCAACUCCUCCAGGUCAUUGA